GCCUGACAGCUUUUUUUGGUAUCCGAUCGAUCGAUCAACACGACGGGGAGCGAGGCCGAGAGAAGCGAAUCCGGCCACGAGACCGCCCAACUCCGACUCGAAUGUGGCUUGAGUCCCAAUCUUUUCCCAUCGACCCGAAGAAAGACGAAUAAGAAGAAGAAGUCGUCGCCGCCAUCAUCAUCAUCAUGAACGAGAGAAACGGACAUUCGCCGCAUCUCUCAAUAUCUAGUCGGUAGUCCCACCGCUGCACCGCUGAACCGUCGGAUGGACGUCGAUCCCGCUCGCAGGCAGGACCGACGACACGCCCGACAAUUUCUGCCCCAGUGCUGUAAGCCCCAUGGCCACCUUUUCAGCCCCCCCCCCCCACAGCGCUCUCUCUCUCUCUCUCUCUCUCUCUCUCUCGGCUGUCCAGUAUGUGCAGCGCAGAGUCGACGGAAUAUCGACCAGCAUAGCAAUGUCGCCCCUCGCCCGGUCUCCAUCGCUCGAAGAGCUGGACUAGGGUCUGGUCUACGGCGUACACAUUCUCCAUGCAGUCAGACAAACAGGUCGAGGCGCCCUGCGGGCUCUAGGCGCGAUCGAGGUCGUAGGAGAAAGGCGAUGGUGCGAUGUCGAGUCAGCGGGCGAGUGGGCGAAACCUCUCGCGGUCGGAUCUACGAAAUCCGGAAAGUGGUGCAGUUUGAGGCUCACCAUCGGAUGUCAGUGGUGGUGAACAGGCUCUCGCUUGGGGGGAGUCUGGUAGCUAGGGCUUUCAGUGAGCGGCUGGCUGAGCUCCGGGCGUACGUCGAAAGCGUCUGUGGCUGGCUGGUGCUUGCGUGAGACGUGUCCGCAAGAUUCUGGAGCCGCAGCAUCGUAAUUGGUGACCCGCGCGAGCGGGCGAGCGAGGAGUCAGAAUGAGCACGUAGUGAGUGACUGAACUCAUCUCCUGCUCCUGCUUCUGCUCGAUAGGAUUGCUGCAUCUGCAGGCGUCGGAGGAAGCGGUGUAGCUGGUCUCCUCUGCGGGAGGAGCUCACCUGGACAAUUCCGAUUGCUCUUCUCUUGGCCAUGUUCAGGUUCAUGCAAUCCUUCCUUCGAUGCGUCGCCUUCCGCUUUGCACUAACAUGGAAGCUGUGGGCCGGACAGUUGUGAAACCUUUCACUUUCUCGGUGAUUUCUGGAGCUCUUGCUCGUGCGUUUUGAGUAGGGGUUCAGUCAGGCUCAUCAGCCGUGCCCAGCUGAUGAAGAUGAUGCUCCACUCUAAGGUCAGCCGAGAAGAUACUCAUUCUCGUUAGCCAGCCGUAAAUUUUGGGAGUCUGUCUGGAUCUGCAUCUGCUCAGAUGGAGGGAGCGAUGGAUGGCAGUCUCAUCAUGAUCGAGAAAGCCUCCAUGCUAAUAUGACGCCCCUCGAAUCGGUCAAUAGUUUGCAGCACACAGUUUUCUCACUUAGGCAAUGGCAUCUCAAUCCACAUUUCGGCAGCCUGCUAAGAGGCCUGCAUUUAAUCACAUGCGCAGGUGUAGAUGUCUUUUGACUAGCCAGUACACACAGAUCCUGAUUCGACCGCUCAAUUCCAUAUUUAUGCCCUUUGUUCCAGUCCGAUCACCACCUGCCCUGUGCAAUGCAAAAGCGUGGCUGCUGCAUGUGCAUCGGGCUAAAGAAUCUUCUGUUGAGGCUGUAGACACCAAAAAGCCUUCGCUUCCUGGAAUACUUUCGGAGCGUCGUCCGAAGCGAAUGCCUAUCCUGAUGGACGGUCGUUUAGGAUUCUCCUCGAGAAGAUGACGGUCAAGCUGCUUAAUCGCGGCGACCUGAAGAGUCUGCAUCCGAAGAUGCACUCUCAUUGACUUCUUCUUCUUUUUUACAUCUGCUCGAGUAUGCAUGUAGCCAUGUACCAUAGGCGCGCUUCGAAAGCUGCUCCUCGCCCUGGUUUUUGUUGGCACGACUCAUGCAGUGUGUUCAACAGUAAGAGAUGCGUAGCAGCCGCAGCAGGAAGAAUUCAAUCCCUACAAUAUUCCGCGACCGUAGACAUCCGUCGAGAUAUGACACACAAGCUCACUAGAGUCCUCCUGAAAUGCUGUUUCAACAUGUUGUUACAUGUUGUUAUCUUCCUUUCCCUUCUGCCAGUUAAAGCGUUCAAAUAAUCACCAUGAGAAUUCCCACAGCUCAUAUUCUUGUGAAAGAUUUACAAUCCUGCAAUCCUGCAAUCUACUGAGGUUUCCCCUCCACUCUUGAAACGAGUUCUACGUCUAUUUUUCCUUCUCGGAUUUCAUUCACGAAUAUACUUUCUCGUGCAUUCAUGCCAUAUACUUUACUCCAAUCGCAGUCGAAAAGGAGAACACCCGCCUUUUAUAGUGUCCUAUGUUGUGGUACCAUUGGCUCCAG